CUCAUUGGUUUCGGGUGGGAGCGGAUUUUUUGAAAGUUGCGGGAUGUUGUUAGCUACAACAGUGGAUAGCAAUACCGCAAUACCGUCUAAAUUUGUUGGGGCAAAACAGAAACCUUGUUGAUGGAAGGCAACGCAAGAGUUAGAUAUUGAAAUACAAAAGAAUAGCUAGCUACAUAGCAUUAACGUGGCUGAUACAAUUGUAUCUAUUCUAAUAAAGUAGAUUUUCUUUCGGAUCAAAGCUGUAAAACGGAUAAGGAAUCCCAACAUGACAAAGGAUGAUGAGAAAGUAAUUCCAGUGCGGGUGGCCCUAAGAUGCCGACCACUGGUGCCCAAGGAAAUAAAUGAGGGAUGUCAGUGUUGUCUUACCUUUGUGCCUGGAGAAGCCCAGGUGAUCGUUGGCAAGGACAAGGCUUUCACGUACGACUAUGUUUUUGAUCCGACAACCGAGCAAGAGGAAGUGUUCAACACUGCUGUUUUAUCGUUGCUGUCUGGACUUUUCAAAGGGUACAAUGCCACCGUGCUGGCAUACGGACAGACGGGUUCUGGGAAGACGUUUUCCAUGGGAGGGACCUACACAUCUUCACAGGAGGAUGACCCUUCUGUCGGAGUCAUCCCAAGAGUCAUCAAAAGGAUCUUCCGGGAGACAGACGAUAAAAUGAUGCUCACUGUGUCCUACCUGGAGAUUUAUAAUGAGGAGAUCCUGGACCUGCUCUGUGCCUCCAAAGACAAACCGAUCAGCAUUCGAGAGGACCCUAAGGAAGGCAUUAAGAUUGUGGGCCUGACGGAGAGGACGGUGUUCAGCGCCUCGGAGAUGGUGGGCUGCCUGGAGCUGGGGAAUUCGGCCCGAACCGUGGGCUCCACCGCCAUGAACUCGGCCUCGUCCCGCUCCCACGCCAUCUUCACCGUCACGCUGGAGCAGCGCCGGGGCGCCGAUAGAAGUGACACGGUGGUCUCCAAGCUACACCUGGUAGAUCUGGCUGGCUCUGAACGGCAGAAGAAAACCAAGGCGGAGGGUGAUCGCCUGAAAGAAGGCAUCAGCAUUAACCGCGGCCUCCUGUCCCUGGGGAACGUCAUCAGCGCCCUGGGAGAUGAGACCAAGAGGGGCACCUUCGUGCCGUACAGGGACUCCAAGCUGACGCGUUUGCUGCAGGAUUCUUUGGGCGGUAACAGCCACACCCUGAUGAUUGCGUGCGUAAGCCCGGCCGACUCCAACAUGGAGGAGACCAUCAACACGCUGCGCUACGCGGACCGCGCGCGCAAAAUCAAGAACAAGCCCAUCAUCAACGUGGACCCGCGGGCCGCCGAGCUGCAGAAGCUGAAACAGCAGGUCCAGGAGUUGCAAGUGAUGCUGCUGCAUGCACGUGGAGGAGUUACCCCAGUGCUUUCUGGGUCUGAGCCUCUGGGGAACAUGUCGGAGAUCCUGGAGAAGAACUCCUGUCUGCAAGAGGAGAACACCAAGCUUAGCCGAGAGCUGAGCGAAUCGGUGGGCCAGACUGCCCAAAUGUUUGAGAGGAUCAUCCUGACUGAACAAGCUAAUGAUAAUCUGCAAAGCAAGCUGGAGGAACUCAAGCGACACGCUGCUUGUAAGGUUGACCUGCAGAGGGUAGUAGAGAGCCUGGAGGACCAGGAGCUGAAAGAGAAUGUGGAGGUGAUCCGGAAUCUUCAGCAGGUCAUUGUACAGCUGCAGGACGAAAGUGCAGGAAUCGUGGCGUCCAUAGAAGCCACGCACUCCGAGGACGGCACCCUCCUGGAUAAGGAGGGGGAACAGAGACCCCGGGAGGAUGCAUCAGGGGCUCCCAGUGUAACGAUGGCAGACAAGAACACCAUGGAUUCCUUCACUACCCAGCAUGCUCUGCAGCAGGCACAGAUGUCCAAGGAGCUGCUUGAGCUAAAUAAGGCUUUGGCCCUGAAGGAGGCCUUCGUCAAGAAAAUGUGCCAGAACGACCACCAGCUCGAGCCUAUGCAGAAAAGAUAUCAGGAGAACAUGAAGGGCCUUCAGACAGCUGUGGGAUCGCUGCAGAAGGAGAAGGAGGAACUCAUCCUUGACCUCCACGCCACCAAGAAGGACGUCACCCAGACCAAGCUCAGCGAUCAGCGCAGGCAGCGGCUGCAGGAGCUGGAGGCUCAGAUCACGGAACUGAAGAAGCAGCUUCAGGAGCAGGCCAAGCUGCUGAAGCUCAAGGAGUCGUCCCUGCGCAACGUGACCAAACUCAACCAGGAGAUCCAGGCCAUGAAGUCACAGAGAGCACAGCUGAUGAAGCAGAUGAAGGAGGACACUGACAAGUUCCGUCUGUGGAAACACAAGAAGGAACGGGAGGUUCUCCAGCUCAAAGAAAAGGACCGCAAGAGGAGCUAUGAGAUGCUGAAGCUGGAGAGGGACUUCCGGAAACAGGCCAACGUUUUGCGCCGCAAGACCGAGGAGGCUGCAGCAGCCAACAAGCGCCUGAAGGAUGCCCUGCUGAAGAGGAGCGAGGCGGUGGAGAAACGAAAGGAGGUGGAGAAUCGAGGAAUAGAAGGGGCUGCUGGGAGAGUCAAGAGCUGGCUCCUGAACGAGGUGGAGGUGCUGGUGAGCAUGGAGGAGGCGCGGCGCCACCUGCAGGACCUGCUGGAGGACAGGAAGAUCCUGGCCGAGGAGAUCUCCCAGCUCAAAGAGAGAAUGGAGUCGGGGGAGCAGCCCGCUGCCAAAGUCCGACGCCGCACCUUCACCAUCGCUGAGCUGGAGAGCCAGGGGGAGGAGGAGGUCUCCCUGGGGAAACAGGUGAAGAACCUGGAGAUGGAGAUGGAGCUCAGGAGCGCCCAGAUCACGGACCUGCAGCAGAAGGUGCUGGACGCCGACGGCGAGGAGCGGGUGAAGCAGCGCUGGGACUCCGUCAACACCAUCGUGGAGGCCAAGUGCGCCCUCAAGUUCCUCAUGUCCGAGCUGGUGUCAGCAAAGCUCCUGAGCACCAGACUGGAGAGCGAGCUUAAACAGGAAAGGGCCAACUACUGUGACCUGCAGAGGGCGCUGUACGACGAGCGGAAGCUCAUGUCCACCAUGGACAUGGAGCACCAGAGCCAUCUGGUGGAGCUGGAGCAGAGACACCAGGAGAAGGUUCUGUAUCUUCUCAGUCAGUUACAGGGUAAACCUGCUACCCUGGAGGAGGGGGGGAAGGAGGGAGAGAGAAAGAUUUCAUCAAGAGAGCACGAGUUACUAAAGCGUUUAAAGUUCCAGGAGGAGGAGAUUGAGAAGAUGAAGGAGCUCAGUGAACAGAACCAGCGGCUGUUGACUGAGAAUGGCUGGUACAGACAGAAACUCACCUUUCUCCAGGUGACCAGCGGGAAGAAAAUGAAUAACCUGUUUGUGGAACCAGGUCAAUCCCCAGACUCAUCCUUUGAGUUCGUCCCUCCUACGCCGCCCUUGAAGCCCAAAGGCCGCUGCGUCCCGAAAACCAGAGUGCCCGUUCUGGCCCACGCCGCUGACCUUGAGGUGCACGUGUCCCCUUCCGACUCGGACCAGGAAGAGGAGACGGACAAGGGGGUCCCCCAGAAGAAGAGAGGACGCCAGUACUUCCGGAAAAACUCCUCGAUAACAGGGUGUGCCUCUAAUGGUCGCUGUGGCAACAAGCUUUGCUGUUGCCGCUCUGGCAAGAUGAAUUGCGGGGAGAACUGCCAGUGUGACCACAGGGAGACCCGAGCAGCCAACGCCGACACCAGUGAAAUGGGUGAGGCAUUCACCCCAGAAGACCCCACUGCUGUUGGCUCUGGGGACUCCAGCUUCUUCAAGCCGCCCUGUGUCACGCCCACUAUGAAGGUGCUGAAGGAGAUCUGUGAUAUCGGCCAGCUCCAAACUGACCUAAAGCUGGACAGAAAGCCAAACACAGUGGAUGAGGAGGAAGAGGAGGAGGAUGAUGAAGACGAGUGGCGCUCAGCCAGCUUCCUGAGGAAGAGGAGACGGGUUCUGGCCUGCCAAAACGGCUUCUUCUCAGCGUGCACACCCAUCAGAGAGGAGGUGUGACAUCCCAGUGCCACGCCCGGUUUAGCUAAUCAGGGCCCCACUUUUGUCACUGUAAAAUUAGUUUUCUUUAUCUGACGGUACCGUGUCUUGUCUUUUUGCAUGUUGAAAAAAUAUGUAUCUAUAACAACUGUAAUAUAGGUGUCCUUUUGAGUCUCGUUUUUUAAGCUGCCUAAUAACACUGAAUCGUCUUAUUAGAAGACUGCAAGCUGCAGUAUACUGUUGCUGGGAUUAUGGUGAUAAACUAAGAGUAACACUUAAAAAUGCUCUCUAAUUAAUGGAUUAUGGGACUUUCUCUCUUGAAAUGUAUAUUGAAGGUACUGUGUAAAUAUUUUUAAAAUUAAAAUCCUAGGGUUUAAUGUCUAGUUUUUUUGUUUACUGUAUAGGAUCGUAGCAGUCUUUAAAUGUGAACUGGUUCAAUAAAAGCUGGUUUUAUAUGCUAAA